CAUUCCAUCACAAGCAGUCAACCACAGCAGACCUCCUCGCCCGCAGAAACACAGCCAUCAUGCCUGUCGAUCUGAAUGGAUAUUGGAAAAUGAUUUCCAGUGAUAACUUCGAGGAGUACCUGAAGGCUCUCGAUGUGAAUGUCGCCAUCAGGAAAAUCGCAACCUUGCUGAAACCUGACAAGGAAAUCAGCCACGACGGCGACCACAUCGUCAUCAAGACCCUCAGCACCUUCAAAAACUACAACAUGGACUUCCACGUGGGCAAAGAGUUUGAGGAGGAUCUGUCCGGAGUGGAUGACAGGAAAUGCAUGACCACCAUCACUUGGGAUGGAGACAAGCUGGUGUGUGUGCAGAAGGGGGAGAUCGAAGGAAGAGGCUGGAGCCACUGGGUGGAAGGAGAUGAGCUUCAUUUGGAGCUGAGAGCCGGGGGAGUUGUUAGCAAGCAGGUGUUCAAGAAGACCUAAGCUGCCACCGACUCCAACACACACCCCCAACUUCCAUUUGGGCCAUUUCAGCAUCUCUCCAUAGAUCCAUCCACCUACGUCAUGUGUAUUAGUUUGUUGUAAACACUAUUUCUGCUGGAGACAGAGCUAGCUACGAUAGCCAGUUUCAUAUACAAAGCAUGUCAGUGUGUGUAUCAUGUAACGUUAUCUGUCCAUGUCUGUCUCAAAGUGGAGAGCAGUGAAAUAACAGGUUAAUCAUAGUAGGGUUAAUAAUAAGAGGGUUGAACUCUUUUUAGUUGGACUGAAUACAAUGAUCUGAGUUCGGUUGAGGACUUAAAGUUUCUUGAUGACUGAAGCUUAGUCUCUGCAGAAUGGAUAUCAGAUAGGAUGUGUGUGUAUAUAUCCCUCCAUGAUCCUUUAGGACUGUGCAAUUGAUUGUAUAAAUGAACGAAUCAAUAAAUUAUUCAGAUCUCAACAA